GCUAUCUCAUCAAUUUCAUUUCUGAUCUAUCUUCAUUGGCAAUCAAAACUAAUUAUUCUUGAAAAAAAAAAAUGGCUUUGGCAAAUGGACAAGCAUUUUUGUUACUUGUAGUUUUCUCACUCAUGUUUGGUGUUAGUAUGGCCAACUUUAACUACGGACCUUGGGGCCGUCCAGGAAACUGGAACAAAACCAAUUGUCCCAAUGGUAAUAAUCACCCAAAUGCUACUCAAACCUCAAAUAAAUUCAACGUUGGUGGUUCAGAAAAUUGGCAUUAUGGCUUCGAUUACAUGGAUUGGGCUCAUAAGAAUGGUCCUUUCUUUGUCAAUGACACAUUAGUUUUCAAGUAUGAUCCACCGAAUCCAAAUGGAGGAUUUCCACACAGUGUAUACUUAUUAUCAGACUACUGGAGUUUCACUAAGUGUGACUUCAGAAGGGCUAAGAGGAUAGCUAAUCCGAACCAGGGUGCAGGAGAAGGAUUCGUGUUUGUGCUGAAAAAAACACAGCCUUACUUUUUUGCUUGUGGAGAACAUGGAGGCAUCCAUUGCAACAAUGGUACCAUGAAGUUUGUUGUCAUGCCACUCAGACGUUGGCCUUACUAAUUAUUUGAUAAGAUGUUGCUUGAUACUUUGUAUUUAGGUUUUUUUUUUUGGAACAAAUAACAAGUGUUAUGCUAAGUUGUUUUUGUAAUUUCAUUUUUAAUUUUAUUGUGAUUGGAGCUGUGAUUAAAAUUGAUUAAAUCAAUAAUUUUUUCUCUC